AUGCAUCACAACUCUACCCCUUAUCGACCUAAAGCCAAUGGAGCUGUUGAAGCUGCAAACAAAAACAUCAAGAAGAUCCUCAGGAAGAUGGUACAAGGAUCCAGGCAAUGGCAAGAGAAAUUGCCUUUUGCUCUUUUUGGGUACCGCACGUCUGUUGGCGCAACUCCUUACUUAUUGGUUUAUGGAACUGAGGCGGUCAUACCAGCAGAAGUAGAGAUCCCCUCUCUUCGAAUCAUUGUUGAAGCAGAAAUUGAUGACACUGAAUGGGUCAAGUCUAGACUAGAACAAUUAUCGUUAAUCGAUGAAAAACGGUUAAUGGCGGUUUGUUUUGGCCAGUUAAACCCGCAAAGGAUGGCUCGCACUUACAACAGGAAGGUGCGUCCAAGACAUUUUGAGGUGGGCCAACUUGUUAUGAAACGCAUCCUUCCGCACCAAGAAGAAGCGAGGGGAAAAUUCGCCCCAAAUUGGCAGGCCCCUAUGUUAUCAAACAGGUUCUCCCGCAAGCACAAAAUUGAUAUUCAAGAAUGGAGUUCCAUCUCUGAUCAGAGAAAAGAAGAACGUUCAAUCUCGAAAGCAGCUAGCGAGAUAUUUUUGGUUGAGAGUGAUGCAGGCAUUAGAACACUUCAAUCUUCUCUGUCUAGUGAGUUUUGUGUGCUGCAAUUCUUUGCUGUAGAUGAAAGUGAAGAUAAUGUUUCAGCUCCCAACAUCAUUUAUCAUAAAGAACCAUGUUUUGUAUCAGUAGAUGUAGGAACUGAUUGUGAGUCGGGUGAGGAAGAGGAUGAUGAUAAUGAAUCAGUUCCUAGUGACUGUGACAGUGAAGAAUUGGAACUUUUUAGAAAGGAAAAGAAUAGGGAAGUGAAUGAGAAACUAGACAGGUUUUUAGUAUUGGAAAAGGGUAUGAGCUUUAAGGAUCUUGAUGAAGCUAAAAGAGUUGUGAGCUAUUACGCAGUUUCUAAUAAGAAAGGACUUAAAGUUGAUCAUAGUGACAGUCAUAGAGUUAGAUAUAAGUGUGAUAGUGGCUGUCCUUUUGUGUGUUUGAUUUCUGAAGAUAACAAAAAUCAGAGAUUUAAGAUUAAGACCAUGCAUUUAGAACAUAAUUGUCAGCCAGCAUUUAAGAAUAGAAGAGCUACUCAACAAGCUUUAGCACAUUACUUCAAGAACAAAGUGCAGAAUAAUCCUAAGUACAAGGUGAAAGAUAUGAGGCAGGAUUUGGAUGAUCAAUUUUCACGUAAUAUUAGUGCUUCAAAGAUGAAAAGGGUUAAGAGGCUUAUUUUAGAGAAAUUGGAGGGUAGCUACCUUGAUGAUUUCAAUAGGUUGGAGGCUUAUGCUCAAGAAUUGAGGGAUAGCAAUCCUGGUACUGAUGUGGUGAUAAAUGUAUCUAAAGAGGCUCUUGAACAAGGUAAAAGAAGAUUUCUGAGAAUGUAUGUGUGCUUCCAAGCUUUGAAAAGUAGUUGGAGAGGAGGUUUGAGGCCAUUUAUAGGGCUGGAUGGCAUAUUUUUGAAAGGGAAAUGUAGGGGAAUUUUAUUGGUUGCCCUUGGUCAAGAUUCACAAAAGCACUUUUAUCCUCUAGCUUGGGCAGUAGUGGAUAGAGAAACAUCCAGAACUUGGAAAUAGUUCAUUCAGUUGUUGAGAAAUUCUUUAGAGCUGGCAGAUGGUGAAGGAUUGACACUAAUGUCUGAUAUGCAAAAGGGAUUGAUUGAUGUUGUUAUUCAUGUGCUUCCCAAAGCACACCACAGAUGGUGUGUAAGGCACAUUGAAGCCAAUUGGAGCAAGAUGUGGAGGGGUAUAGAAAUGAAGAAGUUAAUGUGGUGGUCUGCUUGGAGCACAUAUGAAGAAGAAUUCCAUGAUCAAUUGAAUUCCAUGGGUGUUGUGUCCGAACAAGCUGUCAAAGAUCUGUUGUGGUACCCAGCAGAUCACUGGUGCAGGGCCUAUUUGACACGGUCUGCAAGAACUUCUCAGUUGAAAACAAUUUUACUGAGUCUUUCAACAAAUGGAUUCUAGAAGCAAGGAACAAACCAAUAAUCAAGAUGUUGGAAGAUAUUAGAAUAAAGGUAUAUCUCUUUGAAUAUAAAGGCUUUGUUAAUCUUUAUGCUAUUUCCUGAUUCUAGAUAGUUCUACGAAAGGUAUCAUUGUAAUAGUUCAGUCACUGGUCAGCUUCUAAGCAUCUGGUUGUUUCUUUCUGUUUUUUUUUUUUUUUGGGUGCUUGCUUCAAUUGUGCUUAGUUUCAAUGGCUUGCUGCAGUUGCUCUAGUUGUCCUUAGGUUUGGAUUUUGCCAUGUUUGCAGAGAACUAUUAGUACAUUAGAGAACUAUAGAUAUCACAGUAGCAGUUAUGCAAUUGUCACGACCCAGCCCCGUGGGCCGCGACUGGCACCCUACUUGGGUACCCAGACCAAUUUGCAUAUUCAUUGCCAAAUCCAAACUUAUUUCAG